CAUGCACAAACAAUCUAGAUUCACCAAGAAAAAAAAAGAAGCAAAGUUAAAAUUAAGUUGAAGAAUGGCCUUGAUUUUUCUUGUCUUAUCGGCUAUUGUGUUCAUCUAUUUCCUUCAAAAACAACUCGGGCCUAGAUACAAGAAGAGGCUGCCUCCCGGCCCGAAAGGCCUUCCCAUAUUCGGCCAUUUCCACCUGCUGGGGAAGAACCCUCACCGUGAUUUGCACCGCCUAGCCCGAAAACAUGGCCCGAUCAUGGCCUUGCGCUUAGGCUUUGUGCCAACUGUUGUCGUCUCGUCUCCUGCUGCAGCCGAGCUCGUUCUAAAGACUCAUGACGUCGUCUUCGCCAGCCGGCCUACCAACGAGGCCGCCGUCUACAUAGCCUACGACCAGAGAGACUUGGCUUUCGGGCCGUACGGCCCGUUCUGGCGCGACAUGCGAAAACUAUGCACCUUGAAGCUGCUGAGCAAUCAGAAGAUCAGCCAGUUCCAGCACAUGAGACGGGCCGAGGUCGGGCUGCUCGUUACUUCUCUCAAACGGGCUGCUGAGAGGCGGGAAGCCGUGGAUCUCAGCUCCCGGGUUGCUGAGCUCAGCGGCGACAUGAACUUCUUGAUGGUGUUUGGGAAGAAAUAUUCGACUAUGGAGGAGAAAGGGUUCAAAGAUGUGAUCAGAGAGUCUAUGGAGAUCGUUGGAAAAUUCAAUCUGGCUGACUAUUUUCCGUAUAUUGGCGUGCUUAAUCUUCAGGGAUUACACGGCAAGUUGAAGCGGCUGAGAAAAACUUUUGAUGGGAUUUUGGAAGAAAUAAUCGAUGAUCACGUGAAGAUGAAGAGGCAGAAGGAGCAUACUGCAGACAUUGUGGACACAAUGAUGGAGAUUAUGGAAUCCGGGCAAGCAGGAUUCGAAUUUGACCGCCGCCAUGUCAAGGCGGUUCUCCUCGAUAUGAUCAUAGCGGGGAUGGAUACCUCAUCAAUAGCACUGGAGUGGGCCAUGUCAGAACUGAUGAAACAUACAGCAGUAAUGAAGAAACUCCAGCAAGAACUGGAGUUAGUAGUGGGAUUGGAUCAAAUGGUUGAAGAAUCACAUCUUGACAAACUCGAAUACUUGGACUGUGUGAUCAAGGAAGCCAUGCGCCUCCAUCCCGUGGCCCCCCUCUUAGUUCCUCACGAAUCCAUGGAAGACUGUGAGAUCCAAGGCUUCUACAUACCCAAAAAAUCAAGAGUUAUCGUGAACGUGUGGGCCAUCGGGAGGGAUCCAGAUGUGUGGGCUAACCCGGACUCUUUUACACCAGAGAGGUUCGUUGGCAGCGAGAUAGACCUGAGAGGCCGCCAUUUUGAGCUGCUACCGUUUGGAUCGGGCAGGCGGGGCUGCCCCGGGUUGCAGUUAGGACUGACGGUGGUGAAAUUGGUGCUGGCACAGUUGGUGCAUUGCUUUGAUUGGAAGCUUCCAGAUAGGAUGAAGGCGACUGAAGUUGACAUGGCUGAGAAUUUUGGUUUGGUUACGGCUAGAGCUAUGCCUCUCGUGGUUGUGCCCACUUUUCGUUUGCGCUUAUAUUGAAAUUUGGUGUUAUUAAUGCUAGUUUUUAGCAUGUGAUGAGUAAUGAGAAAUGACAGCAUUGAGUGA